AUGGAUUCUUUAUUUCACCUCCUGCUUUCUACCUGUCUUGCCUUGACGUUCUCAGAAGGGUUUCUGAUUAUCCAUGUCCAGAAACAGCAGUGUCUUUCAGAAAAGAGAGGAGUCAUCGUGGAAAAGUGCAACAUGACCAACCUCAACCAGCAGUGGCAGUGGACAGCAGAGGACAGACUCCUGCACCUCAGGUCUGCCCAGUGCCUGAGCAUCUCCACGCGCUCCGCCCUGUCCUCCCGCAGCAUCGUCGUCGACUGUCCCCAGGCGGUCAGGUGGACCUGCCAGGAGCAGGAUGGGCUCCUGAAGGUGGCCAACAGUUCUCUCUUUCUCACAAAGCAAGGCCAGAAGGUGAUGGCCAAGCAGAGUAAGAAAUACCUUCACACAUGGAUGCAGCUGGAAGCCAGUGAGACGGGGAAGCCUGUGUAUGUAGACCUGUGCUCAAAGCAAGAUCUCCAAGAUGCAGAGACUUCUGUAUGGAGUACUAGAACCACAUCCCCCUCUUUGAACACCAUAACCUCCAGGCCUGAAAGUCUGCUGAAGAGCAGCACUGAGAUGUUCAUCAGGAAUGUGACUGAGCACUUCAGCAAGAAUCUCAUUGAAGACCUCUACUUUGACUUGAAAUCUGCAGUGACAGAGAAAACCUGGAUUCCAGCAACUACCCUGCAAUACUCCAGCACUACAGAAGAGGCCGCGCCGGGGGCGGCGGGGGGAUGCAGAGCCAACCGGACGGAGCAGUUCGUCGCCGGGCAGAGCGUCCGGCUGCGCUGGGGCGCCGCGAGCAGCGCCUGCAACUUCAGCCUGACCGGGCGCUCCGAAGAAGGGCAGGCGGCCGGCUGCCAGGCUGCCGCCACGGGCAACGGCUCCUACGGAUGCACCCUGCGCGACCUGGAAGCCGGGACCUGGUACCACUUUCGCAUCGAGCCGCUCGCCGGCGGGGAAGUCGUCAACAUCUCCGUGCUGACAGAUCCUUUACCACCACUUCGUUUCGAAAUCAAUAAGGAGAAAACUACGCUCACAAGCUUGCAGGUCCAGUGGGAUCGUCCCUCAGGAAAGGUGGACCUGUAUAACCUGCUGUUAUUUGAUCACAAUAAUAGAAAGAUAGAAGAAGUCUCCAUACCAGGAAGAAUUUCCAAACCAGAAAUUACUUUCUCCAGUCUCAUCCCUGGGAAUAAAUACAACAUUGUUCUCAGUGCGGUUGCUGGGAACAAGAGCACCCCGGAACUUCGCAUCAGUGGAUCUACUGUACCAUCCCCUGUGAGAAACAUUCAGGUCAGUGUGAAGACAGACACUAUCCAUGCUUCCUGGUCCCCUGGCUCUGGACACGUGGAUCGUUACAGGCUGGCGUUGCUGGAUGGCCGUGUCCCCGUCCAGGAGGUUCAGCAAGACGAUCCUCUGACCUCCUACACUUUUUCAGGACUUACAGCAGGCCACCUGUAUAACCUCUCUGUCAUAACCCAGGCUGCAGGUUUGGAGAGCAGCAGUUUCCAAACAGUCAGGACAGCCCCAGCCGAAGUCUUAGAUUUGACGGUGACUAAUGAUGGCAGCUUAGAUACUUUAAAAGUUAAGUGGAGAAGACCUUCAGGAGACCUCCAUUUCUAUAAUAUCAGUCUGUGUCAUCUUGGAUCAGUUAAAGAAGUCAAAACUGUACAGCCACCAGUGACAGAGACUCACUUUGAGGAGCUGACUCCAGGACGCCUUUAUCAGGUUACUGCUCGCACGGUCAGCGGUGAGCUGUUUGCUGAGCGGAUGGCAUGGGGCAGGACAUUGCCGCAGAAGGUUUCCGAGCUGAAAGCAGGUGGCGGCGGCUGGCUGCGGUCCCUGCGAGUGAGCUGGCUGCCCCCUAGCGGAGACUGGGAGAGGUACCGCCUGCUCCUCUGGAACCGCUCCGCCCUGCUGCUCAACGCCACCCUCGGGAAGGACACCACGGAGUACCUCAUCCACGACGUGGGCCUCAUCCCGGGCAGGCAGUACGAUGUGGACGUCGUGGUGGAGAGUGGCGAUUUGCAGAGCAAGGCUAGCUGCACGGGGAGAACAGCCCCAGAGGCUGUUCUCCAGCUCCGUGUGAAGCAUGCCAAUGAAUCUUCACUCAGCAUCAUGUGGCUGACCCCUGUGGCAGAAUGGGACAGCUACGUGGUUUCCCUGGGAGACAGGGAUCUUACUGUCAUCAAAAAAGGGCUUGCAAAAGAAGCUAAGGAAUUCACUUUCACUGACUUGGUACCUGGAAGAAAAUACACAGCCACCAUCACCACCAUCAGUGGGAUUUUAAGCAACUGGACUUCAGUGGAAGGAAGAACAGUGCCAGCCCAAGUGACUGGGCUGAGCGUGGACAGUCAGGGAUCCACCAACAGCCUGUUCACCAACUGGACAAGAGCUCUGGGAGAUGUAGACUCCUACCAAGUGCUACUGAUCCAUGAGAAUGUUGUCAUCAAGAAUGAGACUGUGCCCAGUGAAACCAACAGAUACCACUUCUAUCCCCUGAAGCCUGGAGGACUCUACUCAGUUGUUGUCACCACUGUCAGCGGGGGGAUAUCUUCAAGGCAAACCAUCGCAGAGGGGAGGACAGUGCCUUCCAGCGUGACAGGAGUGACAGUGAAUAACUCAGGUCGCAGUGACUACCUCAGUGUCUCCUGGCUGCCAGCUUCUGGAGAUGUAGACAGUUACUUGGUGACCCUCUCUCAUGCUGACCAGGUUGUCCAGACCCUCACCGUUUCCAAAGCCUUCAGUGAGUGCUCCUUCAGCAACCUGACUCCUGGGAUGCUUUACAGUGUGAUGAUAACCACCAAGAGUGGGAAGUAUGAAAAUUAUUCCUUCAGCCAGGAACGAACAGUCCCUUCAAGCGUUCAGGGGCUUACUGUCAGCAACUCAGCCAGAAGCGACUACUUGAAGGUGUCCUGGUUGCAUGCCUCUGGGUAUUUUGAUAACUAUGAAGUGGUCAUCAAGAACAACAACGACUUCAUCCAGACAAAAAGCAUCCCCAAGGAUGAAAAUGAAUGUGUGUUCACCAACCUGGUCCCAGGGAGGCAGUACAGUGUCAUGGUCAGCACCAGGAGCGGGAAAUACGAAACUAGCGAAAGGGUCUAUGGCAGAACAAUGCCGGAAUCAGUGAAGGAGCUGACUCUCAGUAACAGGAGCACAGAAGAUUUGCAGGUCACUUGGUCAAAGGCUGAGGGGGAUGUUGAUAAAUACGAGAUUCAACUCCUCUUCAAUGAUAUGAAGAUCCUCCCACCCAUUUUCCUUGGGAACUCUGUUGAGGAGUGUUGGUUCACAGCUCUGACUCCAGGCCGCCUGUACAAAAUCGUUGUCUUGACCAUCAGUGGAGAUGCACAGCGUGCUACCUUCAUAGAGGGCCUGACAAUUCCAAGUGCUGUCAGAAACAUUCAUGUGUCACCUAAUGGCAUGACAAACAGCCUGAGAGUGAGCUGGACUCCUGGAAGUGGAGAUGUUGAUUCCUACACAGUGAGCAUAUUUCAGCAAAGCCAUCAGCUGGAUUCCCAGAGUGUCUCCAAACACGUCUCUGAGCACACGUUUCACAAGCUGGAGGCUGGGGAGCAGUACCAGGUGGUGGUGCAGUCUAACAGUGGCAGCUUGCACAACAGCUUAGCAGCUUUGGGUAGAACAAUUCCAGCCUCUGUCCAGGAGUUGCUGGCCCAUCAUGCUUACAGCAGUCACUCCUUGCUGGUAACCUGGCAGAAAGCUCCUGGUGUAGCUGAAAGAUACGACAUUCUGCUCUUGAAUGAGGAAGGAGUCCUCCUGAGCAACAAAUCAGAGCCAGCUACUGCCAAACAGCACAAAUUUGAAGAUUUGUUAGCUGGCAAGAAGUAUAAAAUCCAACUGUUGACAGUCAGUGGUGGGCUCUUCAGUAAGCGAGCAGAGACUGUUGGCCAAACAGUUCCAGCAGCUGUCACGAACCUGAAGGUCACAGAGAACACCACUGACCGACUGUCCUUCAGCUGGAGCACCCCUCAAGGGGAGCUUGACUCGUAUGACAUCUUCCUGUACAACCCAGACAAGUCCCUUCAGGACAGGAUUUCAGGGGAGCAGCACCUCCAGCAGUGCUCGUUCCAGAACCUGCGGCAGGGCAGGGUGUAUCGAAUGGUGAUCGUUACCCACAGUGGAGACCUCACCAACGAGGCCUCUGUCUUCGGAAGGACAGUCCCAGCCCCAGUUGUUGGCCUCAAGGCAUCCAACCGCAACAGGACGGACAGUCUGUGGUUCACCUGGGGUCCAGCUGCAGGAGAUGUUGACUUCUAUGAGCUGAAUCUUUACAACCCAAAUGGGACACAGAAAGAAACGUGGCACAGGAAAGACCUGAAGGAGUGGCAUUUCCAGGGGCUGGUUCCUGGCAGGAAGUACACUCUGGUUGUGGUGACUCACAGUGGUGACCUGACCAACGCAGCGAAUGCUGAAGGAAGAACAGCACCCAGCCCUCCUAACUCCGUGUCCUUUACUGAUGUUGCAAACACUUCCCUAUCAGUCACGUGGCUGGGUCCUCCAGACUGGACAGACUAUGAUGAUUUUGAAUUGCAGUGGCUCCCAAAGGAUCCCCUCACAGUCUUCAAUCCCUACAGCAGCAGCAAGUCUAAAGUGCGCAUCAUUUAUGGCCUGCGACCAGGGAGGCUAUAUGAGUUCACUGUCAGGACUGUCAGUGGGGACAGCUGGAGGACAUACAGCCAGGCACAGGCUGCAAGUGUGAGAACAAAACCAGACAAGAUACAAAGCCUUCAUUGCCGGCCCCAGACCUCUACUGCCAUUGCCUGCUCCUGGACUCCUCCUGAUUCCGACUUCGAUGGCUACAGUGUGGAGUGCAAGAAAAUGGACACUCGUGAAGUGGAGUUUUCUAAAAGGAUAGAAAAAGACAAAUCUCUGCUUAACAUCAUGACCCUGGUUCCCCACAAGCGGUACCUGGUGUCCAUCAAGGUGCACUCUGCGGACAUGAGCAGUGAGGUGGUUGAGGACAGCACCAUCACCAUGAUUGACCGUCCCCCCCAGCCACCUCCAGACAUAAGAGUGAACAAAAAAGAUGUGCUGAUUACCAAGUCCUCCAUCAACUUCACUUUUAACUGCAGCUGGUUUAGUGACACCAAUGGAGCUGUGAAGUACUUUACUGUGGUUGUGAGAGAGGCUGAUGGCAGUGAAGGACCAAAGCCUGAUGAGCAGCACCCAUUGCCUUCCUACCUGGAGUACAAGCACAACGACUCUGUACGCAUCUACCAGACAAAUUAUUUUGCCAGCAGCUGUACUGAAAGCCCUGACAGUGACUACAAAAGCUUUGACAUUAACCUGGGAGGAGAAAUGGAAAACCUAGGAGGACGGUGUGAUCCAGACCAGCAAAGCUUCUGCGACGGACCUCUGAAGCCUCGGACUGCCUACAGGAUCAGCAUCCGAGCUUUUACCCAGCUCUUCAGUGAGGACCCAAAGGAGCUCCCUAAACCGCUCUUUGCUGACACCUUCUUCUCCUUACCCAUCAUGACAGAGGCAGAGCCUCUCUUUGGAGUUAUUGAAGGUGUGAGUGCUGGCCUCUUCCUCAUUGUGAUGUUAGUGGCUGUCACUGCCUUAUUUGUCUGCCGACAAAAAGUGAGCAAUGGCCAUGAGAGACCUACGACAAGGCUGAGCAUUCGCAGGGACAGGCCACUGGCAGUCCACCUCAACUUGGGGCAAAAAGGGAACCGGAAAACGUCCAGUCCCAUCAAAGUCACUCAUUUUGAAGCACACUUCACCAAACUGCAAGCGGACUCCAACUACCUCCUGUCCAAGGAGUAUGAGGACUUGAAAGAUGUGGGUCGAAACCAGACAUGUGACAUAGCACUUCUGCCAGAGAACAGAGGGAAGAAUCGAUACAAUAAUAUACUGCCCUAUGAUACAUCAAGAGUGAAGCUUUCCAAUGUGGAUGAUGACCCUUGCUCAGACUACAUUAAUGCAAGCUACAUACCAGGCAAUAAUUUCCGCAGGGAAUACAUUGCGACUCAGGGCCCUUUGCCUGGCACCAAAGAUGAGUUCUGGAAGAUGGCAUGGGAGCAAAAUGUCCAUAAUGUUGUCAUGGUAACCCAGUGUGUGGAGAAGGGCAGGGUGAAGUGUGACCACUACUGGCCCCUUGACCAGGAUUCCCUGUACUAUGGAGACCUGAUCGUGGAGAUGCUGUCUGAGUCGGUGCUGCCGGAGUGGACAAUACGAGAGUUUAAAAUCUGCAGUGAAGAGCAGCUUGACUCCGUGAGGCUCAUUCGGCACUUCCACUACACUGUCUGGCCAGACCAUGGUGUGCCAGAGACCACCCAGUCCCUGAUCCAGUUUGUCAGAACUGUAAGGGACUAUAUCAACAGGACCCCAGACACAGGACCAACUAUAGUGCACUGCAGUGCUGGUGUUGGCAGGACUGGCACGUUCAUUGCCCUGGACCGCCUCCUGCAGCAGCUGGACUCCCAGGACACUGUUGACAUCUAUGCAGCAGUGCAUGACCUCAGGCUUCACAGGGUCCACAUGGUGCAGACAGAGUGUCAGUAUGUGUAUCUGCACCAGUGUGUGAGGGACGUCUUGAGAGCCAGGACACUCCGCAGUGAGCAGGAAAAUCCCUUGUUUCCCAUCUAUGAAAAUGUGAAUCCAGACUAUCACAGAGAUGCUGUUUAUGCAAGGCACUAAGAAUGCUGCAGACAUCUGCUUUUGUGACCACAUCUGUUAACCUGGGGGUAGGUCUGAGUUGGGUUUUGGGUUGUUUUGGGGUUUUUUUUUUAUGUAUGUAUUUCAUGCACUAGAAAGGUGCCAGACCUUCCUCUUGAGACUGUUCUAUAAUUUAUUGGUCUGGUGAUUAUUUCUUUUUUUUUUAAGGAGAUAUCUAAUUUAAGUGGUAAUGGAUAUUAAUGUAUAUAAUUGUAUUUUGGCAUUAUGUAAAUAUGGAUUUUUUUUCUAUAUUGUUUAUAUUAAUAUGAGGCUUCCAAUAAUACUUUUUUUUUCUUAUCAUAGUUUUUAUGGACUGUUCUAAACUAUUUUCAGUUGUAUGGCUAACAGGACUGCUGUGUUUAAGGCAGCACUGGCAGGUAACACAAAUCCUAUGAGGAAAACCUCUUUCUUUUCUUGAACUGGUUCACUCUUUGUGAGAUGAAAUAAGCUACUAAUAAGCAAGGGAACAGAAGUCCUGUCUAGAAAUCACAAUGCUACUCUACACUCCAAACUGAACUGGUUUUGGUCUGAUGAAAAUGGGUCUAACCCCUCCCCACCAUGGCAUCCCUUCCACAGAACUCACCAAACCUGCAUCCACCCUCACUGGAAGCAGCUGUUUCAGUCUGACAUAGGAGAAAAAUAUCAACCAACAAACACUGCUGUGAAGUCUAGCAAGACCUAUCCCCACCACACACUCUGGGGGGGAGGCAGCUCAUACUCUGAGUUCUUUACACUGGUUUAAGAGAGCAGAGUCAGACCACAACCUGUGCCUGUGCCUUUUCACAUGUGGAUAAUCAGAAUGAGCAAGCUGUGGGGUCUGGAGCACAGCCCUGUGAGGAGAGGCUGAGGGAGCUGGGGGUGCUUAGCCUGGAGAAGAGGAGGCUCAGGGCAGACCUCAUUGCUGUCUACAGCUACCUGAAGGGAGGUUGUAGCCAGGUGGGGGUUGGGCUCUUCUCCCAGGCAAGCAGCACCAGAACAAGAGGACACAGUCUCAAGCUGUGCAGGGGGAAGUUUAGGCUUGAUCUUAGAAAGAAGUUCUUCCCAGCAAGAGAGAUUGGCCAUGGGAAUGUGCUGCCCAGUUUGUGGUGGAGUCAACGUCCCUGGAGGUGUUUAAGCAAAGCCUGGAUGAGGCACUCAGUGCCAUGGUCUGAUUGAUUAGGUAGGGUUAGGUGAUCAGUUGGACUUGGUGAUCUUGGAGGUCUCUUCCAACCUGGCUGAUUCUGUGAUUCUAUGAUUCAGAUGUUGCCUGAUGUCCCCACCACAAGCACAGCUGGAACAGGGAAAGGCCCAUCAGUAACACCUGUGUGUGAAGGUGGUUUGGCUGUGGUGCUUGGGGCUGUGGUUUAGGGGUGAGCCUUGUAGAGCAGGGUUCUGGGUUGGACUGGGUGAUCCUGAGGGGCUUUUCCAACUUGAGUGUUUCUGUGAUACCUAGGCUGGCCAGGCUGUGCUAAUCAUCAGAUGACUCCAAGCAUUUAGUGAUGGGCAAGAAGUACAACUGAAGAGUUCUCACCAGCUAUCCUGCCCAGCUCAGUGGAUUAGGAACAUCUUUCUCUCCACUACAAAGAGAUUUCUCGUUCAAGGGACUGAACACUCUGUCCAGCUAUUCCUUAUAAAAUGCUCUUCAAACGGAGAGGGGGCAGUACAGAGUUUUUCUCCAUCACAAAACCAGGGAAGGUCUCCACAGUUCUCCUUUUGUACAUCUCCCCAUACUGUACCUAGAAAAAGCUUCGCCUGGUGCUGAAGAUAAAUGCCAAAAUUCCACUCCUAUUUGUGAGAGAAAGAAACCUUUCUGAAGGCCUCUGGAGAACCAACCAAUAUACACAAGUACCCAGCUGAGGACCUGCUGUGUCCCCUGGGCCAAGACUAAUGUGAUUUCACCAUGGUUUAGUGGAGCUUCACCCUCCUUGGGAGCAGGAACAUCAACCUAAUGAUGGCUGAAGGAAUGUUCUAAGCAGCUCUGACACAGCUCUCUUAAACUGUUCCCAAGCAGACCCAGCAGGACUGUGCACAUCCAGGUCACUCUGGUCUUUGUAGAGAGAAGGAAAGAGCCUGACAGCCACUCUCCCUUCCUGCUCCAUCUGCAGUCUCAUCCUUUCUUGACCAACUAUCCCCUUGUGCCUCAGAAAUCCCUUUCCAUAGCAGCUUUCACAGCUGCUCAGGACAUGCAAGCUUAGUGAACCUUUCAGGUGCCUCUGUAUGAAAAUAGUGCUCAUUUUUCCUAUGCAUCCUCUUUGGCCCCACAAAAACCCCUCAGGAUUCACCACCCUUAGUGGGCUCUGAGGAAGGGAACCAGCAGAAGCCUUUUCACAGAGGAAAAAAAAACAUGAAGCCAAGCCAUAGAGAACAUCUCCUCUAGACCCUUUUUUUCUCUGUUUCUGUUGCUGGACACUCUGGGUUGGCAAGCAAGGACAGACAAGGCUGGCAGCUUCAGAUGGAUCAGUGACCCUGCUAACAACAGCUGAGGCUGGGGCCUGAUGAUGAUUGCCAUUGCAUUACCUGUGCUGCAUUUAGGCUCUUCUCUUUGCAAGCACUGGCUGAGGGCUGGAGAUCACCAGUGUCAGUUACCAGCAGUGCAGUUACACUGUGAAGAUCAGAGGCACAGAAUUGUCAGGGUUGGAAGGGACCUCAGGGAUCAGCCACUUCCAACCCCCCUGCCAUGGGCAGGGACACCUCACACUACAGCAGGUUGCUCACAGCCACCUCCAGCCUGGCUGCAAAAACUUCCAGGGAUGAGGCUUCCAUCACCUCCCUGGGCAACCUGUGCCAGUGUCUCACCACCCUCAUGGGGAACAACUUCUUCCUAAUGUCUAAGCUCAAUCUGCCCUCCUCCAGCUUGGAUCCAUUCCCCUCAGUCGUGUCACUCCCUGACACCCUAAAAAGUCCCUCCCCAGCUUUCUUGGAGCCCCCUUCAGAUACUGGAAGGCCACAAGAAGGUCUCCUCAGAGCCUUCUCUUCUAUAAACUGAGCAACCCCAACUGUCUCAGUCUGUCCUCAUAGGAGAGCAGCUCCAGCCCUCUGCUCAUCCUCAUGGCCCUUCUCUGGACACAUUCCAGCACCUCCAUAUCCCUCUUGUAACAGAGGCUCCAGAACUGGACACAGAGCUCCAGGUGGGGUCUCAGCAGAGUGGAGCAGAGGGGGAGAAUCCCCUCCUUGGCCCUGCUGGCCACACUUCUCUUGCUGCAGCCCAGGCUCCUGUUGGCUCUCUGGGCUGCAAGUGCUCACUGCUGGCUCCUGUUGAGCUUCUCAUCCCCCAGCACCCCCAAGGUCGUUUCUUCAGGGCUCCUCUCAUGCAUCUUAAGAUGUUCCAAAGAUACUCUAUGAUUUAUUUCAGGCUGUAUUUUUGUUAUGCUGAGGAAAUGGAGGUCACUCAGUUGUAAGUGAUGUGAGGGCAAAAGCCUGAUGGAAUCACAGUAUCACAGAACAUGAGAGGUUGAAGGGGAUCUCAGAGAUCAUCCAGUCCAGAGUCCCUGCCAGAGCAGGAUCACCCAGCGGAGUCUGCACCAGGAUACAUCCAGGUGGGGUUUGAAAGCCUCCAGAGGAGGAGACUCCACAACUGCCUGUGGAUGUUGUUCGUAGUUCUCAGCCAGACACACAUUCCUUUGCUCUUCAACAUUGUUUGUCAGGUCCCCCCUCAGCACCUGGUCUGCACAAGUUGCAUCCAAGAGGAUGAUGUUGUAGCAGACAGCUGUUUGCAUCUUUUUUUCUCUCUCAGCUAAUAGUGGGGAUAGUUCACAGGCCUCCUCCUCCUCAGCACUUGGUAACAUAGCAGUGACCUGAAACACUCUGGCACAGUGCUCCUGAGCAGCCUCACAUCCCUGCCAAGCUAGGUCACCUCUGAGGCUGUACACAUUAUUGGUCUGGUUCUGCUCCUCCAAAACCAGUGUAAAACCACAGAGAAUAAGUAAAAAUGAAAGUAUCUAUGUAGCAUUUUGUUGAUGUAAGACACCUACUUACCAGUCUGAUAUUUAACUUGUGCCUCUAAGCUGAGCAAUACAACUCAUGGGAAAUGGUUAAUGCAACAAGGAUGGACUUGAAGGAGCCUGAAAGAAGACAGCUCUGAAAGAAAAAGGCUCUGCUGAAGAGGGUGUUGCUCUUUUGAAUGUCUGUGAAGGAUGUUCAGAGCUCCCUUCUCAAUGUUUCCCAAUAAUAAUGCCAUGAAGCAGUGUUGUUGCUGAUCCAUAAGCUAAGAUUUGCACACUUGGAGCCCAGUCUCUGCCUCCUUUGUCCACCAAGCUACCUGAGUCCUUUCCAUGAGAGUCACCUGGAAUGCUUGCCUGAAGAACACCAUUCUGCUGGUGAAGCAUUUGCAAGGUUGGGCUUUUAGGUUAAUUGAAUUGUCUUGGGUUUGUUUUGUUUUGUUUUUUAAUGAAAGCUAUUUAAUUAUGAAAAAAAAUGUAAUAAAUGUGUUUAUUUUUUUCCUCUUAAUCUGUGCAAUACAAUGACAGGAUCCAGUAGGAAGAAAAAAAAAAGAAAAAACCAAAGGGAAAAAAAUAUAUUUUAAGUAGCUGGAGUUGAUAAAUGAUAUUUUUUAUUGUUAUUGUUACUAAUGGAAACAGAGAAGUGGGUGAGAGAAAUAGACAUACUGUGAAGAUGUCAUAGAAGUGCAACUUUUAUACAUUUUUUUUCCUCUGCUGCUAUAGUUAUUUGUACAGCUCAUAGCCCUGCCUGAAAUUGCCAGAAGUAGUAUUUUAUGCCAUGAUAUGCUAUGAAUUUCCUAACUGCCUUUCAGUUGUAGAAUAGAGAGAAGGAAAUGUGUGUGAUUUAUGUUUAUAUGAUGUGUUGUAUAGAAUCACAGAAUUGUCAGGGCUGGAAGGGACCUCAAGGAUCAUCCAGUUCCAACCUCCUGCCAUGGGCAGGGACACCUCACACUACAACAGGUUGCUCACAGCCACAUCCAGCCUGGCUGCAAAAACCUCCAGGGAUGAGGCUUCCACCACCUCCCUGGGCAACCUCUUCCAGUGUUCCACCACCCUAAUAUUAAAGAACAUUUUCCCAACAUCCAAUCUGAAUCUCCCCAUUUCUACUUUUGCUCCACCCCCCCCAGUCCUAUGACUCCCUGACACCCUCUAAAGUCCCUCCCCAGCUUCCUUGUAGCCACCUUCAGAUACUGGGUAGGUUAUUUACAUUUUUACUUUGGAAGCAUAAAAAGUUAACUCCUAGGCAGGUAGGGAGUACACAAGGAACUGAGGUGUGCUCCUCAGCCUGGGAGUUAAGGAGUUAAUUAGAGAGAUUGUGGAGCCUCCUUCUCUGGAGACUUUCCAGCCCUGUCUGGAUGUGUUCCUGUCUGACCUGUGCUGUGUGCCUGGUCCUGCUCUGGCAGGGGGGCUGGACUCAAAGAUGUCCAGAGCUCCCUUCCAACCCCUAACAUCCUGUGGUGCUGGAGGGAUGAGAACAUUCACCAUGUUAGCAUCUCCUCCCAGGGCCACAGAUCAGAGAGGCACAUCUGACAGUCACAGGUGCAGCCUGCCACAGCCACAGCUUCCCUGCCAAGGAGGGGCAUGGGAGGUGCUUAUGUUUAUGGUGAUGAUGAUGUUGCAGACAUGCAGUUUGUGUGAAUAAAAUGCAGCACAAAAUGACCACCACCCCCCUGCUGGGCCCUGCCACAGGCAUUCAGGUUCUGGAGCUGUGAGCUCUGGGACCUGCAGUCCUACCAGGCUGCAGCUUUGAACAGAAGAUGAAUGUGCCCCCAGGCACUCAGGCAGCUGAGCUGUGAACCCUCUGCCCUCAGCUGUGUCUCUCAGGCUGAUGAAGCCAAGCUCCUGACCUGUUGGUGGCAUCACUGUGGCCAAAACAAACUGGUCCUCACAGCUCAGCAGCUGGUUCAGACUGGAUUUGGGUUUUUAAGAGUGGUAGGAAAGAGUGGAGGCUGGGAACUAGCUGAAUUAGCCAGCUUUGUGGGCACACACACGGUGUCAGUGAUGCUGGCAGAUUCCUCUGCACAGCCAUUGGGUUGUUCCUUGGUUUAUUUGAAAGCUAAAGCAAUACUGUAAGUAAUAUCAAGUAGUUAAAUCCAUACUGCUCUGCAGCAGGGCAGUGUAUUAGAGGGAAAAGAAAAAAAAAAAAAACAGAAAUUCUUUGUCAGUGCCUGGAGUAAAGUGUCUGCAAAACAUCUUCAGCACAUAUUCCAUGUCCAGAUGCUAUGCAGCUAUCAGAUUUUUGUGUUCCUGACAGACACUGGGUGAGCACAGUGCUACUAUUGUCCAUUUAAAUCAUGCAUUUAUUAAGUAUAUUUUUAUAUUUUUCAGCUGUGGUCAACAAAUCAAAAUAUAUUUGAGUGCAUUUUACACAUUUUUAUAAAUGGUUCAUGAAUAAAACAUUCCUAUAAAA